AUGGCAGAAGACCAACGCAACAGGAGACAUCCCCAAAACCUCCAGGGUGUCCUUCGAUUGGCUGUGGAGGCUGGCUCUGCUGCAGAUGGACCCGCCCUCUCUGAACCCAUGUCAGAGGAGGUAAUUGGUCCUUCUUAGUCACCUUCAGGUCUUCUUAAUUGCAGAUGUGCUGUGUAGAUUAGCAGAUCUCACAACAACUUGUUACAUUGACAACCAAUUGUACAUUGACCGUAAUGUCACUCUUUUUGUUACAGAGAAAAGAAUGGUUGAAAGGAGCUCUUGCGGAAGUGGCUAAAGGACAGAACAGCGAGGUGGAACAGAUGAAGGAGUGUAUGCGUGUCCUGAUGAGAGAUGGAGGGUGUGUGAGGGGGAGAGAGGGAGAGGAGGAAGGAGAGGAUGAAGAGGGGGAGACAGAAGGGGCACUGGAGUUUCUCUCAGAGCUGUGUGAGAACCUGGACAAUGCCAGAGGUGAGACAUGCCAAGCAACAGGAAGUGAUGUAAAGAAGUUACACUUCAGCUUGUGACCCAAAUGAAAGGUUCACUGUCUUCGAUGGACCCUAGUUAAAAAUAUAUGAAAUGUAACUGUUUAAGUUACUGUAGUUUUAUACAGUGCAUUCGGAAAGUAUUCAGACCCCUUUUUCCACAUUUUGUUACAUUACAGCCUUAUUCUAAAAUAGAUUAAAUCUAUUUUUUCCCUCAUCAAUCUACACACAUUACCCCAUAAUGACAAAGCAAAAACAGGUUUUUAGAAAUUGUUGCGAAUUUAUUACAAAUAAAAAACUGAAAUAUGACAUUUACCCAAGUGAGGGAAAAAAGUAUUUGAUCCCCUGCUGAUUUUGUAUGUUUGCCCACUGACAAAGACAUGAUCAGUCUAUAAUUUUAAUGGUAGGUUUAUUUGAACAGUGAGAAACAGAAUAACAACAAAAAAAAUCAGAAAAACGCAUGUCAAAAAUGUUAUAAAUUGAUUUGCAUUUGAAUGAGGGAAAUAAGUAUUUGACCCCUCUGCAAAACAUGACUUAGAACUUGGUGGCAAAACCCUUGUUGGCAAUCACAGAGGCCAGACGUUUCUUGUAGUUGGCCACCAGGUUUGCACACAUCUCAGGAGGGAUUUUGUUCCACUCUUUGCAGAUCUUCUCCAAGUCAUUAAGGUUUCGAGGCUGAUGUUUGGCAACUCGAACCUUCAGCUCCCUCCACAGAUUUUCUAUGGGAUUAAGGUCUGGAGACUGGCUAGGCCACUCCAGGACCUUAAUGUGCUUCUUCUUGAGCCACUCCUUUGUUGCCUUGGCCAUGUGUUUUGGGUCAUUGUCAUGCUGGAAUACCCAUCCACGACCCAUUUUCAAUGCCCUGGCUGAGGGAAGGAGGUUCUCACCCAAGAUUUGACGGUACAUGGCCCUGUCCAUCGUCCCUUUGAUGCGGUGAAGUUGUCCUGUCCCCUUAGCAGAAAAACACCCCCAAAGCAUAAUGUUUCCACCUCCAUGUUUGACGGUGGGGAUGGUGUUCUUGGGGUCAUAGGCAGCAUUCCUCCUCCUCCAAACACGGCGAGUUGAGUUGAUGCCAAAGAGCUCCAUUUUGGUCUCAUCUGACCAAAACACUUUCACCCAGUUCGCCUCUGAAUCAUUCAGAUGUUCAUUGGCAAACUUCAGAUGGGCAUGCAUAUGUGCUUUCUUGAGCAGGGGGACCUUGCGGGCGCUGCAGGAUUUCAGUCCUUCACGGCGUAGUGUGUUACCAAUUGUUUUCUUGGUGACUAUGGUCCCAGCUGCCUUGAGAUCAUUGACAAGAUCCUCCCGUGUAGUUCUGGGCUGAUUACUCACCGUUCUCAUGAUCAUUGCAACUCCACGAGGUGAGAUCUUGCAUGGAGCCCCAGGCCGAGGAAGAUUGACAGUUCUUUUGUGUUUCUUCCAUUUGCGAAUAAUCGCACCAACUGUUGUUACCUUCUCACCAAGCUGCUUGGCGAUGGUCUUGUAGCCCAUUCCAGCCUUAUGUAGGUCUACAAUCUUGUCCCUGACAUCCUUGGAGAGCUCUUUGGUCUUGGCCAUGGUGGAGAGUUUGGAAUCUGAUUGAUUGCUUCUGUGGACAGGUGUCUUUUAUACAGGUAACAAACUGAGAUUAGGAGCACUCCCUUUAAGAGUGUGCUCCUAAUCUCAGCUCGUUACCUGUAUAAAAGACACCUGGGAGCCAGAAAUCUUUCUGAUUGAGAGGGGGUCAAAUACUUAUUUCCCUAAUUAAAAUACAAAUCAAUUUAUAACAUUUUUGACAUGCGUUUUUCUGGAUUUUGUUGUUGUUAUUCUGUCUCUCACUGUUCAAAUAAACCUACCAUUAACAUUAUAGACUGAUCAUGUCUUUGUCAGUGGGCAAACGCACAAAAUCAGCAGGGGAUCAAAUACUUUUUUCCCUCACUGUAAGUAUUCAGACCCUUUACUCAGUACUUUGUUGAAGCACCUUUGGCAGCGAUUACAGCCUCGAGUCUUCUUGGGUAUUACGCUACAAGCUUGGCACACCUGUAUUUGGGGAGUUUCUUCCAUUCUUCUCUGCAGAUCCUUUCAAGCUCUUGUCAGGUUGGAUGGCAGCGUUGCUGCACAGCUAUUUUCAGGUCUCUCCAGAGAUGUUAGAUCGGCUUCAAGUACGGGGCUCUGGCUGGGCCACUCAAGGACAUUCAGAGACUUGUCCUGAAGCCACUCCUGCGUUGUCUUGGCUGUGUGCUUAGGGUUGUUGUCCUGUUGGAAGGUGAACCUGGAAUCUGGAGCAGGUUUUCAUCAAGGAUCUCUCUGUACUUUGCUCCGUUAAUAUUUUCCUCGACCCUGACUAGUCUCACAGUCACUGCCUCUGAAAAACAUCCCCACAGCAUGAUGCUGCCACCACCAUGCUUCACCGUAGGGAUGGUGCCAGGUUUCCUCCAGACGUGACGCUUGGCAUUCAGGCCAAAGAGUUCAAUCUUGGUUUCAUCAGACCAGAUAGUCUUACUUCUCAUGGUCUGAGAGUCUUUAGGUGCCUUUUGGCUUCCGUCUGGCCACUCUACCAUAAAGGCCUGAUUGGUGGAGUGCUUCAGAGAUGGUUGUCCUUCUGGAAGAUUCUUCCAUCUCCACAGAGGAACUCUGGAGCUCUGUCAGAUUGAUUAUCGGGUUCUUGGUCACCUCCCUGACCAAGGCCCUUCUCCCCCAAUUGCUCAGUUUGGCCAGGCGGCCAGCUUAGGGAACAGUCUUGGUGGUUCCAAACUACUUCCAUUUAAGAAUGAUGGAGGCCACUGUGUUCUUGGGGACCUUCAAUGUUGCAGACAUUUUUUUGGUACCCUUCCCCAGAUCUGUGCCUCGACACAAUCCUGUAUCGGAGCUCUACAAACAAUUCCUUCGACCUCAUGGCUUGGUUUUCGCUCUGACAUGCACUGUCAACUGUUGGACCUUUCCAAAUCAUGUCCAAUCAAUUGAAUUUACCACAGGUGGACUCCAAUCAAGUUGUAGAAAUAUCUCAAGGAUGAUCAAUGGAAACAGGAUGCACCUGAGCUCAAUUUCGAGUCUCAUAGCAAAGGGUCUGAAUACUUAUGUAAAUAAUAAUGUUUUUUAUUUUUAAUAUGUUUGCAGACAUUUCUAAAAACCUGUUUUGUCUUUGUCAUUAUGGGGUAUUGUGUGUAGAUUGAUGAGGAAAAACAAAUAUUUAAACAAUUUUAGAAUAAGGCUGUAACAUAACAAAAGGUGGAAAAAGUCGAGGGGUCUGAAUACUCUCUGAAUGCACUGUAUAUUACUGAUAUUCCAGUAAAGACAGACAGAUCAACAUGGACAUGAAUGACACAAGUUAUAUUCAUUAAUAAUAAAACUGUGUCCAUUGUAAUCUGUAUUUGUCUGUCUGUGUGUCAGACCUGAUGACCCUGGGUGGACUGGACCUGUGUAUGUCACAGUGCUUGAACCAUCCUCAGGGCAGCGUGAGGUGGCGUGGUGCCCAGCUCAUCGCCUCCUGUGCCCAGAACAUGCCCGAAGUGCAGUGCCACUUACUCAACAAGGGCGCGCUACCCAAACUCCUGCAGCUGACCGACUCCGAUCCCCACCCCACCGUUCGAGUGAAGGCCCUCUACGCUGUUUCCUGUAAGUGUUGCCCCUUGGAUAGGUAAAAACAAUAUGGGGAACACAUUCCACCAUUGCACAAUUCCUGAAUCAGUGAGAGAUUACUCUAGCCUAUCAAAGGGCAAGUUUACAAUAUUGCUAAUAUCGCCUGUUCCUCUCAAAUCUAAAUGAAGUGCCACUGGCCGGAGUGUAGUUGAUAGGAGUUCAUUUAGAUUUGAGGAUCAGUGAAGUACCACACAGUAACUCUUUCUCUCAGUCUUCUCUCUUUCUCUCUCUCUCCAUCAGGUCUGGUGCGUGAGCAGGAAGUAGGUCUCGGGGCCUUCCUGUCCCACGAUGGCUUCUCUGUGCUGAUGAGAGGCAUGCAGUCUGACAACGAGAAACUGAGGACCAAGUCGUCUUUCUUACUCCUCAACCUCCUCACAGUCCACCCAGAGCAUAAAGGUGACUGUUAUGGACACCCUCUUUCUCAGUCUGACAGCGAGACUCAUUUGGAGGCUGUCUCUGUUUGCUUCUGUGUGUUGCUUUUGGUAGUGUGUCUUAAUGGAGAGUAUCAUGCUUUGUGUCCCCCUGAAGUAAAAUGUGAAUUUAACAGUCUUAUUUGUAUCAUAACUAAAUAAAUAUGUGUCCUUGUGUGGCAAUGUAAAAUCUCUCCCUCUCUCAGAUACAGUUCUCUCCAUGGGUAUGGUGCAACAGCUGGUGUCCAUUCUUCGCACGCCUCACUCCUCCUUCCACGAGCAUGUGCUCGGCGCCCUCUGCUGGUAAUACAAGUGAACACACAAAGGGAAAAUGGCUUGAAAAUCGACUUGCCAUGUCUUCUCAAUGGCGCUUCAAUAAAACAACCCUCUCUGUCUCUAGCCUGGUGGAGGAGAGUCCUCUGGGUCUGAGGGACUGUCAGAGCCCUACCUUGGGGCUGGAGGAGAUGCUCAACCAGCGGGCUAAAGAUCUGCAGGGGAGAGAGGAGUGUCAGGUUGGUACCCCUACACAUGUUUCUCCACACCUCGCCAUCCUCUCUAAUACCAUUCCUCUUUCACUUCCCAUGUUACCCAUGAACCUCUCCAUCUCUCUAAAGGCUUCCGCAUGCUUCCCAUCCGGAACAGUCCGGAACAGUUCGUGCAUAUAUUAUGACAACAUUGUGUGAUGUUUCUGGUCUUCGGCAAGUUUUUUGGGGGGCUGUUCAUGCACACAACAGUUUUCUCUCAAGGCAAAACAGAUUUCGGUAGCCGAAGUCUACGCCCCUUCAUUGGUCAACAGUAGGGAUUCUUAAAUGAAGUGUUUAUCAUUCAACAACAGACGACUCGUUCACAUGCACAUUUUUUCACUUGACAAAACUGCACCAAACAUCCUAGUUAAUGUAAAAUUACGCUACUAAGGUAUUCUCUGCAAAAACGUCAAAAGUAAUGACAGAUUUCUUGAGUUAUCUUAGAUUAAUUCUGACUAUUUUGAGGAAGUGUAUACUGGCUACGGCAUCUCAACAUGGACAAACGGUAUUGUUGCCGCUUUUUUCUCGUUUUUGAAGCGAAGGUCUUUUAAGGGCGUAUGCGAGCACACUCGUUCAGUUCGGCUAGGCGCCAGCCGAAGCAUGCGGAAGCCUUAAUAUUAUCCCUCUGUCACUCCCCAUGUUACCCAUUAACCAAUAUCUCUCUAAUACCAUCCCUCUGUCACUCCCCAUGUCUCCCUCUAUCUCUCUAAUACAAUCCCUCUGUCACUCCCCAUGUUUCCCUUAUCUCUAAUACCAUCCCUCUGUCACUCCCCAUGUUUCCCUUAUCUCUAAUACCAUCCCUCUGUCACUCCCCAUGUCUCCCUCUAUCUCUCUAAUACCAUCCCUUUGUCACUCCCCAUGUCUCCUCUCUAUCUCUCUAAUACCAUCCCUUUGUCACUCCCCAUGUCUCUUCUCUAUCUCUCUAAUACCGUCACUCCCCAUGUCUCUUCUCUAUCUCUCUAAUACCGUCACUCCCCAUGUCUCUUCUCUAUCUCUCUAAUACCGUCACUCCCCAUGUCUCCCUCUAUCUCUCUAAUACCAUCCCUCUGUCACUCCCCAUGUCUCCCUCUAUCUCUCUAAUACCAUCCCUUUGUCACUCCCCAUGUCUCUUCUCUAUCUCUCUAAUACCGUCACUCCCCAUGUCUCUUCUCUAUCUCUCUAAUACCGUCACUCCCCAUGUCUCUUCUCUAUCUCUCUAAUACCGUCACUCCCCAUGUCUCCCUCUAUCUCUCUAAUACCAUCCCUCUGUCACUCCCCAUGUCUCCCUCUAUCUCUCUAAUACCAUUCCUCUGUCACUCCCCAUGUCUCCCUCGAUCUCUCUAAUACCGUCCAUCUGUCACUCCCCAUGUCUCCCUCUAUCUCUCUAAUACCAUCCCUUUGUCACUCCCCAUGUCUCCCUCUAUCUCUCUAAUACCAUUCCUCUGUCACUCCCCAUGUCUCCCUCGAUCUAUCUAAUACCGUCCAUCUGUCACUCCCCAUGUCUCCCUCUAUCUCUCUAAUACCAUCCCUUUGUCACUCCCCAUGUCUCCCUCUAUCUCUCUAAUACCAUCCCUUUGUCACUCCCCAUGUCUCUUCUCUAUCUCUCUAAUACCGUCACUCCCCAUGUCUCUUCUCUAUCUCUCUAAUACCAUCCCUUUCACUCCCCAUGUCUCCCUCGAUCUCUCUAAUACCAUCCCUUUGUCACUCCCCAUGUCUCCCUCUAUCUCUCUAAUACCAUCCAUCUGUCACUCCCCAUGUCUCCCUCUAUCUCUCUAAUACCAUCCCUUUCACUCCCCAUGUCUCCCUCUAUCUCUCUAAUACCAUCCCUUUCACUCCCCAUGUCUCCCUCUAUCUCUCUAAUACCAUCCCUUUCACUCCCCAUGUCUCCCUCGAUCUCACUAAUACAUCCCUUUGUCACUCCCCAUGUCUCUUCUCUAUCUCUCUAAUACCAUCCCUCUGUCACUCCCCAUGUAUUUCUCCUCUCUCCAGAUGCAUCACUAAUGACAUUGAAUAAUGUAUUAUGACCCCCCCCAUCUUUUGCUAGGCAUAUGUUUUUGACUUAUUUGCCACUAGGCUAGAAACCUGUCCUAUUUCCUUCACAGUUUUCUCCCAUUCUUAUCUCCUCCUUUAUAGGAAGAGUUGGAGUUCUGCAAACGCUUGCGUUCUGCUUGUUUUUGCGGGCGGCAACCUGACGACAGUGGAAUGGAUCGCUAG